UUGGUAUUUUUGUUAAGUCUAAAAUCAGGAUGCAUGUAAACUAUUGCUCCUGCUAAUCACGACGAUUAAUCAUAAUCUAGGUUGGAAGUGGGAGAAGUCGAAGCUUUAAUUUUUGAAUUAUUAGCUAAAUAAAUCUCCAAAUGGGUAUCUAAUAUCCUUUCGCCAUCAUGAUAAGUUUGUCAGCAUGAUUAUAAAUUAUGUUGAUCAACUCCAUUUUCAAGAUUCUGCGUGCUACAACAGAUUCUAUAUAGUAAAUACUCUGAUUCUCGAUCCUCUUCGCAAAAAGAAAUCCUUAUCCCCUCAGCCUAUGAGCUCUGACAAAUCCAUCAUAGGAAGACUCCUCCCAGCUUGGAUUAGGGAAAAUGUCUCUGGAACCCCCUCUCCUGCAAAAACGACUAAUAUUUUUAAUUUAACAACACUACGUUCAUUUUCCAGGUUUAGUGGGAUUACGUGUGCAAUGCUGAAUGGGGAAACCACAAGUCUUAAGGAUGUUCAGUUGCUUACUGUAUUCAGGAAGGCUCACUAAAGCUGGUUUAUAAAGAGACCAUCCUUGUCGGGCAAGUGGAUUCUUUACUAGCAUUUACUCAUGUAGUUUUUUGUUUUCUGUUGUAUGAAUGCAUUUCCAGAUGCUUAUCUAUAUUCUAUGCUUCUGACUCUUCUGCUAGGGCCUGAUUUUGGGUCUCCCCCAUCAUUUGUCAGUAGAAAGCUCCUCACAGUUUUGAGUGAGUGUGGUAAAACCUCCUCAUUAAUUGAUGAUAUUUCCAUAGUAAAUCUGUAUGCUUCUGGUUCAUCCCAUUCAUUUCCUGUGUCUUCUGGUGAGGAAGCACUUUUGAAGGUUAGAAAGGAGGUUAUGAAUGAUCGAGUACAUUUUGUCUGGACCCAAUUUUCAGAAUUGAAUUCCUAUUUCAAGAAACAAGCAGAAGAUGAAGGGAAGUUAAAUGGAAAACUUGCAGAGAUGAUAUCGUUACUUACAUGUGAAAAGAAGUCGGCGCACAGAAAAGGCAUGAAAUGCAGUUUGACAUCCGAACUAAAGGAAAUUCCUACUCAGAUGGAUGCUUGGGUGCGUUGCCUCUACUCCACGCUACCAACUAAUACCAUGCUCAUAAUUUGCACUGGACAUGGAGAUACAGCAAUAGUGCAUAGGUUAAGGAAAAUUCUUGUCGAACAGAAAGAAACUGCAAUAUCUCUUGAGAAGAUUGUACAGGUCUUGGAAGAGCUCCAAGCUCAAGCUGAAGUAGCUUUGUGUUUUGUGGGUGUGAAGAACCGAGGACAUGCGAGAUAGGUAUUUGGUCUUUGUUUUUUCACCCUUCAUUCUGGUGCUGCUUGCAUUUGUAGCAAGCUUUUCGUAAAUUUGGUGUAGAAACAGUCGCUGAGCAGAUUUUCCUUAGACAUCAUUCAUUGAAUAGUAAGCAAAUUGUGUAAAUGAAUAUAGAAAGCCAAUGCACUGAUUUCUUUUGUGUAA